UGUGCGAGCGCGCACGCGCACACGCUCUCAAACAAACCCUGGAGCUGAGGAUUUCAUCUCGGAUUUCAUCUAACACUAUGGGCCGCAAGAAAGUUGCUCGCGGAUCCAGGAAAGAGAGCGGUCGUGUUCGGCGACCCUCCGGCCGCUCUCUGGAUGCUUUCGCUGAAGAGGUGGGCGCUGCGCUGCGUGCAUCCGUGCAGUCCGAGGAGGCCGAGGACCAGGGCGGCCCGGGCCCUGCGGCGCUGCCUUGUGCCUUGGCUAUGUGGGAGCUUGGCCACUGCGACCCCAAGCGCUGCACGGGCCGCAAACUGGCCCGUCUGGGUCUGGUACGCUGCCUGCGCCUGAGCCAAAGAUUUGGCGGUCUGGUGCUCAGUCCAGUAGGCACUGAGUACGUGUCUCCGGCAGACAGACAGCUGGUGGCACAGUCAGGGGUCGCGGUCAUAGACUGCUCCUGGGCCAAACUGGACGACACACCCUUUCAGAAGAUGCGAGGGAGCCACUUGCGGCUCCUGCCUUACCUCGUAGCUGCCAACCCUGUAAACUAUGGCCGGCCCUGCAAGCUUUCCUGUGUGGAAGCUUUCGCUGCUGCCUUCUGCAUCGUAGGCUUUUCAGACCUUGCUGUCAUUUUGCUUCGGAAGUUUAAGUGGGGCAAAGGCUUCCUGGACCUGAACCGGGAGCUCCUGGAUAAGUACGCAGCCUGCCGUGGCCCGGAGGAGGUGCUGCAGGCUGAACAGGGGUACUUGGCUAGCACCAGGGACAUGCCUGAGGAGGACAUCGAUCCCUUUGACGUGGACUCAGGGCGGGAGUUUGUGAACCUCAACCGGCCUGUGGCCAGCACCCGGCUGCCUGAGGACAUGGAUGACACUGAUGGGUCUGAGGAGCACAGUGAAGAUUCUGAGGAGGACUGUGAUGAGUGUGAGGAACCAGGACCUGGUGCUAAUGGAGGAGACGGCAGCUACUCAGGAGCUGAGGAGACCCCAGAACAAGAGGCUCAAGCCAGAGACUCCACUGAAAUUUGGAAAGGGAUCAAGAAACGACAGAGAGACUGAAGGUCACAAACAUAUUAUUGAAGCUGGUGUGCAUUAUUCAGAAGUGGCAGUAGGACCUGGGGAUGGACGGGCCUGCUGGGACAACCUUGUUUAGUGUCCUGCCUUAGUGCUCUCAAUAAAACCAAGGAGGAGACCCUCCGCUA